GCUUCUCAGUUGCCUCCUUAAAUCCGGUACACUGCACUCCUCAACGCGGUCGAGGAACGCUCUGAGGGGACGAGGUCGAGCGGCCAUGCAGGCCCCUGGUGGCGGCGCGGAUGGAGCGGAGGGCAACAGCAGUGACCAGCGAGGCGCAAGUGUCUCCGGUGGCGCGGGAACCCACACAACAGCCUUUUCACGGGUUGUCCAGAUACCUCAUGGCCCAUGGCCCUUUGGGCAGAUUGUGCUCAUGGGACGCAGCACAGGGACGCAGCGGCAUGAGUUCACUGUCAGGGUGCCUUUCGGAUGUCCCAUAGAGGCGGAGGUCGGCCGAACAUCCCUGGCUAUAUUGGGGGAAAACCCUGACGUUUACAGGGUGCUCAGCGUGGCUGGCAGCGUCCUGACUGUGACAUGGGUGGCCCAGGACCGGCGACGCCUACAGACAGUGUUCACUACCUUCCUUAACGACCUCGCCCUCCUCUUACGGACCAUGCGGCGUUUCGGGCCCCUAUUUCCCCCCGAAUCUCUGCUAGGGAAAGGGGGUUGAGGUCCAUGCUCCCAUACCACACAGUGCAUCCCUCCCUAGGCCCUAAAUUCCUGCAUGUAUUGCCAUGUCCUUGUUGAACCCUAACUUUUUUUGCCUUUGUUAGUUAUUCAUUGGGUGCUCGGGGCCCACUUGUUUAGUGUCCCUGUUGCUGGACACAAGACAAGACUGAAUGUGUGUCACUUCAUAAAAUAAAGUUGAGCAAUGA